AUGCCCAGUGCCGCGCUGGACAGGUGGGGCAACCACGACGCCAUGCCGCAGUGGACCAUCCCUCGCGCCCACAAGGCCAAGGACCAGCCGACAGCGGCGGACGGCAUCGAUCCUUGCACCUACCGCACCGAGAGGGACUUCCCGCUCUCGAGGGACGAGCUGCCCAAGGGCAUGCUGACCGGAUCGGCAUCCUCGCCCUCCUUCACGUUCUCCUGGGGCAGCCGCUUCCCCUCCGACGGCCCUCCAGACGCCCGGCGCGACGCCGGACACGGCGCCCGGCGGCAGGCUGCGCGCCACGAGGGGACGAACCUCCCGGGCGUCCCCGGCCCUGGUCAGUAUCGAAGACGGGCAGCUGAGCCUCCUGAGCCACAAGAAGAUCCUGUCGCCGCGGUACACCGUGCCGAGGGCCGCAAGGGUCACGCAG